AUGGAAGCAUCAAUAUCAACAAAUUGUAAUUGUAACAAGCCGGCUCAAGUAACCACAGUAAAGAAAGAGGGACCGAAUCAUGGCCGAUUAUUUGCUACUUGUGCAAGCCGAGAAUGUAAAUAUUUUGAGUGGCUAGAUGGAAAGAACAAGAAUUUUGCUGCUCCCUCUUCUUCCUCAUCAUCAGCCGAUAAUUUGAAUUUUGGAUUGAAUUCAUCAUCGGGAAAAACUUCAACAUCAUCUUUUAAUUCUCGAAAGGAUCGUUCUGAAAUGAUGAUCGUUCCAAAAUGCCAGCAUCAGCAAGAUGCCAUGCUGUUAAGAGUGAAGAAGGAAGGUCCAAACCAAGGACGAUUAUUUUGGACAUGUGCCAAUCCACAGUCGGACAAGUGCUCCUUCUUUUCAUGGUUUUCUGGAAAGGAGGAAGACUAUGAGCACUUGAUUGGCAUGAAACCAAAUAGUAGUAAUGAUCAAGCAAAAGUCACGAAGAAUGAGGACGAGUCAGAAAAAAAGAGAAAGUUAGACACGAAUGAUCUGCAUGCAGAAGAACAAGACAACAAUGAACCAACAUCGGAGGUUAAUGAUGUUGAACCACAACGCAAGAAGUUGAAAGAAUCAUCAGACCAUAAUAAUGGAGGUACUGUCACUACUACUUCAUCCUCAGAUACAAACAACCCCUUAAUUGAAUAUUUAUUGGAUUCGUCUUGGAAAUCAAAGCUGGAAGACGAAUUUUCAAAGUCCUAUUUUAAAAAAUUGGAAAAAACUGUCAACAAACACUACAAGGAAAAACCUAAACAAAUAUUUCCAAAGAAGGAUGAGAUUUUCUCUGCACUGAAUGCUUGUUCUUAUGACAAUGUCAAGGUUGUCAUACUGGGUCAAGAUCCAUAUCCUCAAUGGUAUGCUCAUGGUAUGUCCUUCUCUGUGAAAAAGGGUAUCUCAACACCCAAAUCUCUCCAGAACAUCUAUUCCGAGUUGGAACAUGACGAGAAUUUAAAACCCAAGUUCACAAGACCUAACCAUGGCUACUUGAUGGGGUGGGCAAAACAGGGAGUGUUAUUAUUGAAUGCGGUCUUGACCGUCGAGAGUGGAAAGUCCAACGAACACAAAGGCAUUGGAUGGGAACAAUUCACUGACGCCAUUAUCAACAAGCUCAAAGAAAAGAAAAAUAUUGUUUACUUGUUGUGGGGGAAGGAUGCACAAGAAAAGGGAUCCAAGAUUGAUCGUAAGAAUAAUUUGGUCAUUCAAACUUCCCAUCCUUCUCCAUUUUCUGCUGAUAAGGGAUUCCUUGGGUCGAAAUGCUUCUCGAAAUGCAAUGAAUAUUUGGAAAAUCAUAGCGUCACACCAAUCAAUUGGAGUGAUUUGUAA